AUGUACAAUCAGCUGAGUCAGUUGACCGUCAGUCUUAGUCCGACGACUAGGAGGGUCAUUAUCUUUGUUCCUCCACUUUUAUUGGGCGGAUUUUACCUGCUUCGAAGGCUAUUGAGGUCCGAAAAACUUGCAAUAACCGCUUCAGGAAACGAAGUCCUUGAUUCACCUAAUUCACAAACCACCACAGCAUCCAUCACGCUUAACGAUUCGUCUCAGCUAAAGGACAACUUUGAUGGCUGUGCCUGGUCAGCUGAUAACAAAGCCAAAUCGGCACUAGCAUCUAACAAAUGUUCACACUGCCGUAGAAAUCAAAAGCUUUCUUUUCGAGAAACAAACGUUCAAGAUGCAUCCCUUAAGAUGUUUUCUACCGGUCAACUAGUUAAGUAUGGUUUCGACAAUCUAAAUAAUGCCAUCAGGGCGCUUGAAGAACUGAAAUCAAAGACGCAAGCGCUGAAGGAGUAUGCCACUACUCCAGAAGGUGCCAAUGUCGUCGAGUCUCAAAUUGAAUCGCUGUUCAGAAGUCUGAAUGAAAUAUCCCUUGAUUUUGAAAUAUUCAGAAAUGAAUUUAUGCCUGCCACUUACAAUUUGCAUGCUGGAUAUGCGGCAGAAGAUGAGGAUGACUUUGAUGAUCAGGCGUCUUACCUUUCCUCAGCAACGACAACCUCGCUCGGGUACUAUGAUCCAGAGCCGAAUUUGCACUUUUUCCAAAUUUACCAGGAUGCUCUCAAAGAAGUGCCCCAAAUUAAACCGCCCAGAACAGAUCGGACAAUAGUGACAGGCAGUGAGAACUUUGAGGAUUACCUCGCUAAAGUGCACUGCCUUCGAAACGCCUUUGCUUUGCUCUUUUCAAGGGAAAACAUUCGCGAGAAGUACACCAAUAUCGGCCAAGAAAUACUUAGACUAAUUCUAGAGCACUCAAUAAGGGACUCUCAAGACUGUAUCAAUUCGUAUUAUUCCUUUCUAAAGUUUAUUUUGAACGAAGAAAAUUACUACACAAUCGAAAAGGAAAUUUCUCAUCGAAACAUCGCUGCAAUAUCGUUUUACGACAUCGUCUUGGACUACAUGAUUCUAGAGAGUUUUGACGACUUGGAGAAUCCACCGGCGGCAGUGAAGUCAGUG